AUUCAAAGUUUGCUCACAUCAUUUAAUAUUAAAAAAACUAUUAAAACAAGAGAUUGAUGGCGGAGGAUCAAGCAACGGCGGCGAUGGAAACGACAACGGUUGAGAAGCAGCCGGAGAUGACAGAAACACCGAGUGUGACUACGACGAAGAGGAUUAUGGUUGCGAUCGAUGAGAGCGAUUCAAGCUUCUACGUCCUUCAAUGGGUCAUUGAUCAUUUCUCUAGCCUCUUAGCGACCACUUUGGCGGAAGGUGGCUUGCUCACGGUGAUUCAUGUGCAGUCUCCGUUCCAACAUUUUACUGCUUUUCCGGCUGGACCCGGCAGCGCGACAGCAGUCUACGCAUCUUCGUCGAUGAUAGAGGCAGUGAAAAAAUCACAACAGAAGGCCUCUGCAGCGCUUCUCUCGCGUGCACUCCAAAUGUGCCGAGCCAAACAGAUACGUACUGAAACUCUGGUGCUUGAAGGCGAUGCAAAGGACAUGAUUUGCCAGGCAGUGGAGCAAAUGCACGUUGAUCUUCUCGCUGUAGGCAGUCGUGGUCUUGGCAAGAUCAAGAGAGCGUUUCUUGGGAGCGUUAGCGAUUACUGUGCUCACCACGCUAAAUGCCCCAUUCUUAUUGUGAAGCCACCAAAGGAGACUCAUUAAAUAAAAAGUUCCAAAUGUUUGGGGUAUAAUCAUAUUUUCACUAGUGUGUGUAGUGUACGUGAGUCAAAUAUGAAAUCGAAUAAUGUAGCGGCUUGUAGUCCACCUACUUGUGUUGUAUUUUGUCUUCUAAUAAACUGUUCAAC